UGGACACGACACGUGCGCGACACGCGACUGCUACAUUUUUUUCAGAGAUUGGUGUGUGUGUGAUGCCAUUUAAGGCUUUGUUAAAUCAUCAGUACUACCAUGUACGCUGUUGUUCGUUUCCUGGACGAUCACGACAAACGGUUACACGUCAUUCACGUGCAUGACAUCGAGAAGUUUGAUCCCAAAGACACCAGCGACUACGACAACCGCUUUGUUUACAGCGCGUACUGGCGAGACCCCGUGGAUGACACAAACACUGGUUUGUACAACACGCAAGUCUUGAUGCUGGCAGAAAGCGAAGAUGACGCCCGCGCGAAAAUGCGGGCCAAGAGGUUGGUGAUACCAAAAAUACCUAUGCAAGAAACGUCAGAUGAUGAUCCUGAUGAGCUCGUGGAGUCCCAAACAAAAGAAAAAAGGCUGAAAGAAAGAAACAAAAGAACGACAGAGCAAAUGCUAAAAAAAAACAUGUAUGACGAAAUUCUUAAAAAGAAUCUGGAAAAAGCGCACUCUGGGCGUAAACCUAGAGCACAGCCAAGGAAAGGGACAGACACUCCGUCGGACAGCGGGUCCUCCGAUAGUGAUGAAUUGUGCCCAAAAAGUGAAAUUCUUCAAAUGAAGAAGAAGAAAGACGUGUGGAAGGCGAGAACGAAGGCGCUGGUGGUUAAAGAGCUUGAGAAGGACAGAGACAUGUGGAAAUUGCGUGCUGAGGAGCUGCAGCACGACAACCAGUUUCUAAGCAGCAGGUUGCAAGCCUGCAGAGAUCCCUUGAAAGCAAGCUUUUCAAGCUUGCAGUAG